ACAAACUCAUUGACAAUUUCACAUGCCAAUAAAACUUCAACUUCCCCAACGUGGAAUAUUUAUCUGCAACUUGCAGCUUAUAUACAAGCCCUUCAUCUUCCUUACCUUCCAUAGUUGUCAAAAAAAUGGCCAAGUUUCUUGAGCUUACCACCAUUCUCUCCGUCAUCAUACCUUUGCUCAUAGCAAUGCAAUUCCAAAUGGCCUUCUCAUCUGAGAUUGAAGACGGCAAAGAAUACGUGCUCGACUCUCCAUUGCUGAACUUCAGAUCAAGAAGUAGAUUCUUGGGCAGUGUAAUUAAGCAAGGUGCUAAGUGCAAUCCCAUUAAGAAGAACAUCUGUAAUGGGAUUUCGGUGAACAAAGGAACAAGCCUUUUGUUUUGCUGCAAGAUAAAGUGUGUCAAUGUUCUUGGAGAUAGGAACCACUGUGGGCAAUGUGGUCGUAAGUGCAACCUUGGAGAGCUUUGCUGCCAUGGAACUUGUACCAACAUUUUAAACAAUGUAAACAGUUGUGGCAAGUGCGAUAAGAAAUGCUUGCAUGGAGUUAAAUGUCAGCAUGCAACUUGUGGGUAUGCUUGAAUUUAUCCAAAGUUUCAUGCUAAGGACAUUGAAGGUAAUCGAAUGAAUAAAAGAUAGAUAGCUUCUUUUGUUUUGUGUUUUUUUCUUUGUAAUUAGUUGAUAUAGUUUUGUGCUGCAUUCUUAUGGAGAUUGGAAAGUCGGUUUAGAUUCAGGUUUUGCAAGGCAGUCUUUGAUGUAAUUUUCUCAGCAUAAAUUAACAAAUAGAUUUCUUGUUUUGUUUUUGGGGGAUACAAACAAAUAGAUACUAUGUAUUCCAUUAAAGAACGUUUUCAUGUAGGGCUCUUUCUCAUUACUGAGCUCCAAUUUCCAUAAAAGAAUUUUUCCUCGGAAAAAAUAAAAUUCAAAAUGCCU